CUGCACGACGCGACGCUGGACGACGCCAUCAUGUCCAAGGCGAAGCUCUCCGGCGCCGUCCUCUCGGACGCCAGCCUCAAGCGCGUCAACUGCGGCCAGUGCAAGCUCGACCGGGCGGACCUGACGCGCGCUGUCCUCGAGUUCUCCGACUUCACGGGCGCGAACGUGGCGGGCGCGAGCUUCGUCAAGGCCAACCUGCUCGGCGUCUCCUUCAAGGACGCCACCGUGAGCGGGGCGGACUUCCGCGGCGCCGUCCUC